AUGCAACUAUCAGGAGCUGAGAUUGAGGAGGGAUUUCUGCGACUUCCAGAGCUUGAUCAUCCAUCUAUUGUACGAUACGUUGACUUUGCAGAGGAUGAGAACUUUGGAUAUCUUGCUCUUCAACUCUGUGAAUACACGCUGGAAGAAUACAUCAGAAAUAAUGAUGAAAGUCUGCUGAGAAAUGAACUGAUCAAACAGGUCCUCGAAAGUUUAACGGUGCUUCAUUGUCAAAAUCCUCCAAUUCUCCACCGGGAUCUUAAACCGCAGAAUGUUUUGAUCGAUGUUACUGGAAGGGCAAGAUUAGCUGACUUCGGCAUAAGCAGACGAUUACUCAAAGGCCAAACAGCUUACCGCACAGGCAGCGCAGGAACAAAAUGCUGGAUGGCCAAGGAGACUUUAGCAGAUGAAGCUGUCAUACCAUACAAGCCAAACACUGAUGUUCAGGUGGCAGGGAUGCUGCUUUACUAUAUCCUCUCUGGAGGACACCAUCCUUUCGGCGACCAGUCCUAUAAAGUUGAGAGCAACAUUCAUGAAGGGAACUACACUUUGGUCCAUGUUCCAGACAUGGUGGCAAAGGAUCUCAUUGAGCGGAUGAUCAAUAAAGAACCAAAGAAAAGACCCAAAGUGAAAGAAUGCUUGAGUCAUCCCUUCUUCUGGACCACUGAGAGGAGAGUUGAAUACUUGAGGAGGAUUGGCAACAGGGAGGAUGUAAAAAAGUGUCGAAAUGCUGACAAGGAAGUGAUUGAUUCAUUGGAAAAAUGUGCCGGGGAAGGAUUCUUCAAACAGUGGAAAAAUAAGUUUCCACCAGAGUUGAUCCAGAAGAUGGAUGCCAAGAACAAAGCCUACCCUGACAACACGCUGGGAUUACUGCGCUUCAUUCGAAACCUCCAUGAGCACUAUGAGGAGGAUGCAGCCCAAGUUGAUGUGACGACAAUAUUUCCUGAUCUCUUUGGAUGUGUUUUCAAGUUUGCCAAGACCCAAGGGUGGAAUUCUGAGACACCCUUAAAGGAAAUGUUUCGAAGUGAAGAUGUCACUACCACCUCUGUUAUGCCGUCCACAAACCUUAAGGAGCAUCUGGGCGUCCCAGUACAAGAGUCUCAACCCAGUGACUUGAAGUGAAGUAGGAUUCUAAAAAGACUAUAGACAGAACUUCUUGCUGUGAGGGGACAGUGCUGAAUCAAAAAGCAAUCAGAGAAAAGCAAAAUCAUGUGCACUUCCAAUGUAAGUCAUUAACAUGAACCAAAGCAAGACUCUAGCAACACUGGGCAAUGAGAUCAGACUAGAAAUCAUUAUUGCUAGACUAGGAAUAUUACAUUCAACAAGGUUUUGCACAUGUGGCUGUUUGCAGACCCUAAAAUUACAUUUUCCUCUGCCAUUAUUGUUUUCUUGUAUUGAAUUAUGUUAUUGCCAUUAUGAGAUAAUCUUUUAUCUUCCACUAAAAAGAUAUUUUGUGAAGGGGAAAGAAAUUACAUGAGCUUUUUAUACUCACAGAGGUACUACGAUUUCAGUCCUAAAAUGUCCUAAAUGGGAAAUUUUGAAAUUUAAUUUGAGCUGUAUGAAUCUGUAGAUGUUUCUAUGAAUUUAAUAUUCCUGUGCUAAUUGCUUUACACCCCGAAAGUAUAUGCCAAGACUUAAGAAAAAUGUACCUCACUGGUUUUCUUUUAUUUUCAUUUAGGGCAACUGAGGGUGUAAACAGGUGAGGUUGCCACUUGUCUCAUGUACUCUCACCCUGUGGUAAUGUACAGUAUGAUGCCUUAUCAGCACCGGGGUUCUUGCUCUGAUGGGCCCACAGUGCCUCCCUCUGGCUGUAUAUAACGUAUCACACCCAUUUGUUUUUUCCAUACAGGGAAUGUUUGUCAUACAAUUGUCUGAACUGAUUUUGGCAAAUUCUUUUUAGAUAAACUUAACAAACUCUAAAGUCUAAAAGUAAAUCUACUCAUUAAGUGAAUGAUAUUGCAAAUAAAAAAGAACAUAAUGACAUAUGCAAGCUUUACAACAUGUAGAUUCUUUUGUAUAGUUUUCUUUUUAAGCAUGUUGAAUGUUACUCCAAUAUAUAUUGUAUAUCAGUUGAGUAUCAAAAUAAAUGUGUAAAAUUAUGA